CCUCGUCGGGCCCCCGCUGCCUCCUGCUCGCACCGCUGCUGCAGGACGCCGGAGUAAUAUGCUCACUCGAGUGAAAUCUGCCGUGGCCAAUUUCAUGGGCGGCAUCAUGGCUGGCAGCUCAGGCUCCGAGCACAGCGGCGGCGGCUGUGGAGGCUCGGACCUGCCCCUGCGCUUCCCCUAUGGGCGGCCGGAGUUCCUGGGGCUGUCUCAGGACGAGGUGGAGUGCAGCGCAGACCACAUCGCCCGCCCCAUCCUCAUCCUCAAGGAGACCCGGCGGCUGCCCUGGGCCACUGGCUACGCAGAGGUUAUCAAUGCUGGGAAGAGCACACAUAAUGAAGACCAAGCCAGCUGUGAGGUCCUCACUGUGAAGAAGAAAGCAGGGGCCCUUACCUCAACCCCAAACAGGAACUCGGCUAAGAGACGGUCCUCCCUUCCCAAUGGGGAGGGGCUGCAACUGAAGGAGAACUCGGAAUCAGAAGGCGUUUCCUGCCACUACUGGUCGCUGUUUGACGGUCACGCAGGGUCCGGGGCCGCGGUGGUGGCCUCCCGCCUGCUGCAGCACCAUGUCACGGAGCAGCUGCAGGACAUCGUGGAGAUUCUCAAGAACUCUGCCGUCCUGCCGCCCACGUGCCUGGGCGAGGAGCCCGAGAACACGCCCGCUCACAGCCGGACUCUGACCCGCGCGGCCUCGCUCCGCGGAGGCGUGGGGGCGCCGGGCUCCCCCAGCACCCCGCCCACGCGCUUCUUCACCGAGAAGAAGAUCCCUCACGAGUGCCUGGUCAUCGGGGCGCUGGAAAGUGCGUUUAAGGAAAUGGACCUUCAGAUAGAACGAGAGAGGAGCUCAUAUAAUAUAUCUGGGGGCUGCACAGCGCUCAUCGUGGUUUGCCUUUUGGGGAAGCUGUAUGUGGCAAAUGCUGGCGACAGCAGGGCCAUAAUCAUCAGAAAUGGAGAAAUCAUCCCCAUGUCUUCAGAAUUUACCCCUGAGACUGAGCGCCAGCGACUUCAGUACCUGGCAUUCAUGCAGCCUCACUUGCUGGGAAAUGAGUUCACACAUUUGGAGUUUCCAAGGAGAGUACAGAGAAAGGAGCUUGGAAAGAAGAUGCUCUACAGGGACUUUAAUAUGACAGGCUGGGCAUACAAAACCAUUGAGGAUGAUGACUUGAAGUUUCCCCUUAUAUAUGGAGAAGGCAAGAAGGCCCGAGUAAUGGCAACUAUUGGAGUGACCAGGGGACUUGGGGACCAUGACCUGAAGGUGCAUGACUCCAACAUCUACAUAAAACCAUUCCUGUCUUCAGCUCCAGAGGUAAGAGUCUACGAUCUCUCCAGAUAUGAGCAUGGAGCAGAUGAUGUGCUGAUCUUGGCCACUGAUGGACUCUGGGAUGUUUUAUCAAAUGAAGAAGUGGCAGAAGCCGUCACUCAGUUUCUUCCUAACUGUGACCCAGAUGACCCUCACAGGUACACCCUGGCAGCUCAGGACCUGGUGAUGCGUGCCCGCGGUGUCCUGAAGGACAGAGGAUGGCGGAUAUCUAAUGACCGACUGGGCUCAGGAGACGACAUUUCUGUAUAUGUCAUUCCUUUAAUACAUGGGAACAAACUUUCCUGAAAAUGGCCCAGGGCAUUGGGAGGACAGCAGGGGAGAAAGCUGGGAUACCUCUUAGCAGGAUGGGACUGGGAAGUGCCCCAGCAGAGCUCCAGGGGAUGCAACCUCUUCCCAUCCCAGGUUGGGGGUUUGCUGCCAAAAGUCCUCUGGCUGUACUUCUGGGGGACCCUUAGUUUUCAGUUUCCUCUUCAGUAACAGGUCUGGAUACUCAACAGAGCAAAACAUAAAGGCUGCUACUGAGUGUUGUGUUUCUUUUGGUUCUUUUAAUAGGCCUCCUAGGUGGCCCUUGCCUAUUUGGGGUACACAUGUCGUAUUUAUUUGGAGUAGCUGGGCAGCCAUUUUCAGGUGUAACUGGCAGAAGACUCUUCAGCUGGUCAAGCUGCCAGCUUCUCUAUGGGUUAAAAGUACUGCAUUGGAAAGUUGGGGAUCAUGCCUCAGAAAGUGUAAGCACCCACCUUCUAGUAAGCCUGAGACUGAUUUCAGGGAACACCAUCUGUGUGUGUGUG